CCCGUACUCCUUUCGGCCCCCACUGUUGAAAGAAUCUAUACGCCGUCUCCUCUUUCCCUUCUCUUCGUCGUCGUCUCUCGCACCACGUAGUAGGACGCCCCUUCCGACGGGGCCGCGUCCUGUCCGAACUCCGAAGGGUCAGAGAGAACAAAGGAAUAUAAAAGAAGAGAAAGGGAAAGAGAGAGAGUCGCGCUGAUACACCGCCGAAUCUCUCAACAGAACAAAAGCAUCCUCCGCUCUGUUUUGCGUGAUUUGUACGGUAUAUCACCGCCUCUCUCUCUCCCCUUCUCUCUUGUCUUGAAGUGGUUGGAUCAUAAAAUUCUAGUGCUACUGGUGGUGGUGGCGGUGCUGAGGGAGUGAAGAUGGGGGGCGAGCCCACAUUGCCCGGGCCGGCGGGCGCUGGGAACGCCCCGGCCAACGGCGGCGGCGAUCCGGCAUCCUACUGGUUCGAUGCCUGCGAGGACGACAGCCUCGCCGGCAUCGUCUUCUCCGACUUCGACCCUUCGAUGCUGCCAUCCUUCGAUCAGAUGGGGGGCGAGGAUGGUUUCCUUGGAGAGAUAGAUCGGAUUCUCGAGAGCGUUAAUGGCGAUCCGAGUGCUCCGUUGCCUGCCGAGACGAAAGCGGGCCAGAAGGAGGACUCAGUUGCCGCCGCCGCCCCCGAAGGCGGCGGGGGACUGCCGGCGCCGGUGGAGAACGGGUCCAAGAGCAGUAGGAGUGAGGAGCGAGUCGGAGUGGGGGAGGAGAAGAAGGGUGUGGAUGGCGGGGCGCCGAAGAGAGAUGGUGGUGUGCUGAAUGGCGAUUGGAGGUACGGCAAGAGAGCCCGUUUCGGCGAUCGGAUGAUGGAGAGGGGACGGUACAGGGAUCCCGUGUGUCGGCGGCGGCCUCGUGAUUGGGAGGAUGGUGAUCGGAGGAGGAGAGAGGGGGACUGGAGUAGGAAGAGGGAGCGGGACGGCUCGGAAAGGAGGGAUAGCAGAGAUAGGGAUUGGAGGGAGAGGGACAGCAGAGGGUAUUGGGAGAGGGAUAAAUCGGGGAAGGUGGUGUUCCGGGUGGGGCCAUGGGAGGCGGAGCUGAACCGAGAGGCGAAGAAGGCCAAGCAGGAUGGAUUGGAGGAGGCGAGGCGGAGCCCUGAGAAGAGACAGGAAGAGAACAAGGAGAAGCCCGCGGAGGAGCUGGCAAGGCAGUACCAGCUUGAUGUCCUGGAGCAAGCCAAGAAGAACACGAUAGCUUUUUUGGAAACCGGGGCUGGGAAGACACUGAUCGCAGUACUCCUCAUCAAGAGCGUCUACACCGAAAUGCUCAAAGAGAACAAAAGAAUGCUGGCAAUUUUCUUGGUGCCAAAGGUUCCCCUUGUUUACCAGCAAGCAGAAGUUAUUCGAGAGAGGACCGGGUAUAGAGUUGGGCAUUAUUGUGGUGAGAUGGGCCAAGAUUUCUGGGAUGCCCGGAGGUGGCAGCGUGAAUUUGAAUCCAAACAGGUGCUGGUUAUGACAGCUCAAAUUUUGUUGAACAUUCUCAGGCACAGCAUAAUUAAGAUGGAAGCUAUUCAUCUUCUAAUUUUGGAUGAGUGCCAUCAUGCUGUAAAGAAACACCCAUAUUCUUUAGUCAUGUCAGAAUUUUAUCAUACUACUCCGAAGGGUAAAAGGCCGGCUGUCUUUGGUAUGACAGCUUCUCCUGUCAACUUAAAGGGUGUUUCUAGUCAGGAGGACUGUGCUAUCAAGAUUCGGAAUCUUGAAAGCAAAUUAGAUUCCAUCGUCUGUACGGUAAAAGAUCGAAGGGAGCUGGAGAAGCAUGUCCCAAUGCCCUUGGAAAUAGUUGUGCAGUAUGAUAAAGCAGCUACCUUGUGGUCCCUUCAUGAGCAAAUAAAACAAAUGGAAGUAGCAGUUGAAGAAGCUGCACAUUCCAGUUCUCGGAGAAGCAAGUGGCAAUUUAUGGGAGCCAGAGAUGCUGGAUCAAAAGAAGAAUUGCGCCUGGUUUAUGGUGUUUCGGAAAGAACAGAGAGUGAUGGUGCUGCCAAUUUAAUUCAGAAGUUGAGGGCUAUAAAUUAUGCUUUAGGUGAACUGGGACAAUGGUGCGCAUAUAAGGUUGCAUAUUCCUUUUUGACAGCCUUGCAGAAUGAUGAAAGGGCGAACUACCAGCUUGAUAUCAAGUUUCAAGAAUCAUAUCUUAAGAAGGUUGUUGCUUUAUUGCAAUGCCAGUUAAAUGAGGGAGCUGCCACCAACAGCGAUACAAAAAGUGUAGAUGUACAUAAUAAUGAUGCUCAAAGCAUAGAUGAGAUUGAGGAGGGAGAGUUGCCAAACAGUCAUGCUGUCUCUGGUGGUGAGCAUGUAGAUGUUAUAAUAGGAGCUGCUGUCGCAGAUGGGAAAGUUACUCCUAAAGUGCAGGCAUUGAUUAAAAUACUUCUGAAGUACCAACACACAGAGGAUUUCCGUGCAAUCAUUUUUGUGGAGCGAGUUGUUGCUGCAUUGGUUCUUCCCAAGGUCUUCACGGAGCUUCCAUCUCUCGGUUUUAUCAAGUGUGCGAGCUUGAUUGGACACAACAAUAACCAGGAAAUGCGUUCAUGCCAAAUGCAGGACACAAUUGCAAAAUUUCGUGAUGGCCGAGUCACUUUAUUAGUAGCUACAAGUGUUGCUGAGGAAGGACUUGAUAUUCGACAGUGCAAUGUUGUCAUUCGCUUUGACCUUGCAAAAACUGUUUUAGCCUAUAUCCAGUCUAGAGGUCGUGCAAGGAAGCCUGGAUCUGACUACAUAUUGAUGCUUGAGAGGGGGAAUGUGUCACAUGAAACAUUUUUGAGGAAUGCUCGCAAUAGUGAAGAAACGUUGAGAAAAGAAGCUAUAGAACGAACUGAUCUUAGUCAUCUUAAGGGUACUCCAAGGCUAGCUACAGUCGAUACAUCACUGGGUUCCAUGUACCAGGUGGAAUCAACUGGUGCUGUUGUCAGCUUAAAUUCUGCUGUUGGACUCAUCCAUUUUUACUGUUCCCAACUACCAAGCGACAGAUAUUCAAUACUUCGUCCGGAGUUUAUCAUGGAACGACAUGAGAGGCCAGGUGGCUCGACUGAGUAUUCCUGCAAGCUUCAGCUUCCUUGCAAUGCUCCAUUUGAAAAGCUUGAAGGUCCCAUAUGCAGUUCAAUGCGCCUUGCACAACAGGCUGUUUGUUUGGCUGCGUGUAAGAAAUUACAUGAGAUGGGGGCCUUCACUGACAUGCUUUUGCCAGACAAGGGAAGCGGGGAUGAAGGUGAAAAAGUUGAACAGAAUGACGAGGGAGAUCCUCUUCCUGGAACAGCACGACAUAGAGAGUUCUAUCCUGAAGGUGUAUCAGACAUUCUCAGGGGGGAAUGGAUUUUGUCUGGGAGAGAUGGUUGCCAGAACUCCGAAACGUUUCAGUUGUAUAUGUAUGCUGUUAAAUGUGUUAAUGUUGGGAUUUCCAAGGACCCAUUCCUAACACAAGUUUCAGACUUUGCAGUACUUUUUGGCAAUGAGCUGGAUGCAGAGGUUUUAUCGACGACGAUGGAUCUCUUUGUUGCUAGAACAAUGAUAACAAAGGCAUCUCUCGUUUUCCAGGGACCCAUAAGGAUUACAGAAACUCAGCUGGUUUUAGUGAAGAGCUUUCAUGUCAGACUUAUGAGUAUUGUGCUUGAUGUUGAUGUUGAUCCCUCAACUACUCCAUGGGAUCCUGCAAAAGCAUAUCUCUUUGUCCCUGUGAUGGCUGAGAAGUUUCCUGAUCCUGUCAAAGAGAUUGACUGGGAUAUGGUUGAGAACAUAGUAGGUACUGAUGCGUGGAAAAAUCCUCUUCAGAGGGCAAGGCCAGACGUAUAUCUUGGUACUAAUGAGCGAACACUCGGCGGGGACCGAAGGGAGUAUGGAUUUGGAAAAUUACGUCAUGGCAUGGCUUAUGGUCAGAAAGCCCACCCUACAUAUGGAAUCAGAGGGGCUGUGGCGCAAUUUGAUGUUGUGAAAGCCUCUGGAUUGGUUCCUCAUCGAGAUACUAUGGUGUGCAUGGAGGAUGUUUAUUGGAGCCAAGGGAAAUUGGUUAUGGCAGAUUCUUGUAUUGACAUUAAGGAUCUUGUUGGGAAGAUCGUAACUGCUGCACACUCAGGAAAAAGGUUCUAUGUGGAUUCUGUGCAGGAUGAUAUGAAUGCAGAGAAUUCAUUCCCAAGGAAGGAGGGCUAUCUAGGACCUUUAGAGUACAGCUCAUAUGCUGAUUACUACAGGCAAAAGUAUGGAGUUGAGUUGAUUCAUAAGAAACAACCUCUUAUACGUGGACGUGGUGUUUCAUAUUGCAAGAAUCUCCUUUCCCCUAGAUUUGAACAUUCUGAAGCACGGGAAGGUGAAUCUGAAGAGAAUCUAGACAAAACAUACUAUGUAUUUUUGCCUCCUGAACUCUGCCUCCUUCAUCCACUUCCUGGAACCCUCGUUCGUGGUGCUCAGAGGUUGCCUUCAAUAAUGAGAAGGGUGGAGAGCAUGCUGCUUGCUGUUCAGCUCAAGGAUGUGAUCAAUUAUCCUGUUCCUGCUGCCAGGAUUUUGGAAGCCUUGACUGCUGCUUCAUGUCAGGAGACCUUCUGCUAUGAAAGAGCGGAGCUGUUGGGUGAUGCAUACCUGAAAUGGGUUGUUAGUAGAUUUCUUUUCCUUAAAUAUCCUCAAAAGCAUGAGGGUCAGCUUACCAGGAUGAGGCAACAGAUGGUGAGUAACAUGGUGCUAUACCAAUAUGCACUAAAUAAACGACUUCAGUUCUAUAUCCAAGCCGAUCGCUUUGCUCCGUCCAGAUGGGCUGCUCCUGGAGUUCUUCCUGUCUUUGAUGAAGAUAUAAAGGAAUCAGAAUCCUCCAUAUUUGGUGAGGAAUGUCCUGCUGCAGAGACUGAGCCGCAAAAGGAUUUCUAUGAUGAUGAUUAUGAAGAGAACAUACGGGAAGAUGGUGAGAUUGAGGGUGAUUCCAGCUGCUAUAGGGUUCUCUCUAGCAAAACCCUAGCAGAUGUUGUUGAAGCGCUGAUUGGGGUGUAUUAUGUUGAAGGUGGGAAGAAUGCUGCAAACCACCUAAUGAGAUGGAUUGGGAUUCAGGUGGAGUUCGACCCUCAAGAGCUUCCAUGUCCAAAGCCGCACAACAUACCAGAAAGCAUAAUGAGGAGUGUUGACUUUGAUGCAUUAGAAGCUGCACUAAUUAUCAAGUUUAAAGAUAGAGGCCUGUUGGUGGAAGCCAUUACACAUGCUUCGAGGCCUUCAUCUGGUGUUUCUUGUUAUCAGCGACUUGAAUUUGUUGGAGAUGCUGUAUUGGAUCAUCUGAUCACAAGGCACCUGUUCUUCACAUACACCGACUUGCCUCCUGGACGCCUGACCGACUUGCGAGCUGCUGCUGUGAAUAAUGAGAACUUUGCUCGUGUUGCAGUCAAGCACAAGUUGCAUGUGCACCUUCGUCAUGGAUCAAGUGCCCUAGAGGCACAGAUACGGGACUUUGUGAAGGAUGUUCAAGAUGAACUGUCAAAACCAGGCUUCAACUCAUUUGGCCUUGGAGACUGCAAGGCUCCCAAAGUUCUUGGAGACAUUGUUGAAUCCAUUGCAGGUGCUAUUUUUCUUGACAACGGACUAGACACUUCAAUAGUCUGGAGGGUCUUCCAACCACUGCUACAUCCAAUGGUCACCCCGGAAACUCUACCAAUGCAUCCAGUGAGGGAACUCCAAGAGCGUUGUCAGCAACAGGCAGAGGGCUUAGAAUACAAAGCAACACGUACAGGCAAUGUAGCUACAGUCGAAGUCUUCAUCGAUGGGGUUCAGAUGGGAGUAGCUCAGAACCCACAAAAGAAGAUGGCACAAAAAUUGGCUGCAAGAAAUGCACUUGUGAUCUUGAAGGAAAAGGAAAAGGAGAAUGCAUCAAAGAAGGAUACAGAGAAAAGUGGAGAAAAGAAGAAUGGUGUUCAGAUCUUCACAAGGCAAACACUUAAUGACAUCUGCUUAAGAAGGCAGUGGCCAAUGCCCCAAUAUCGAUGUGUUUAUGAAGGUGGCCCUGCCCAUGCUAAAAGGUUUGUCUAUGCAGUCCGUGUAAAUACAUCCGAUCGUGGCUGGACUGAUGAGUGCAUUGGGGAGCCUAUGCCAAAUGUGAAGAAGGCAAAGGACUCUGCUGCUGUUCUCCUCCUUGAGCUUCUCAACCGAUGUUAUCCUGAUAGUAAAUAAAUGCACUUAAUGUUUAUGUAAUUGUCAUUCCUCAUGGGUUCUCAUACAGUGCUAAGUUGUAUGAACAUGCCUUGAUAUUUAUUUAAGGUUAAUAUCUCAUGGUUCAUUUCUUCA